AUGUAUGUAUCAGACAACACACACAUAUCAAAAUUUGAUCUUGCAAUUCUUUUAUUUUUCUCUCAAUUGAUUCUCUAUAUCAUUCAUAUCGUUCAUAAUCUGGGCAAGACUAUACUUGAGGCAAAUGGAUUAUGGGAAAUGAUUGAACCAAGUAAAGAUACGCAACCAGAUGUCAAGAAAGACAAAACUGCGAUUGCAUACUUGUUUCAAGCCUUACCCGAAGAUCUCCUAUUGCAAGUUGCUAAUUGCAAAAGUGCAAAAGAGGUAUGGGAGGCAUUAAAAACUAGACAUGUUGGUAUAGACAUGGUGCAAAAGACACGAAUGCAAACACUCAAAUCUGAAUUUGAUAUGUUGCAUAUGAAAGAAGAAGAAUCUAUUGAUUCGUUCCCUGCCAAGUUAAACAGUAUCGUUACUAAGGCAACCAGCCUAGGAUCAACAUUUGAUCAGCCUAUGUUGGUACGAAAGUUACUAAAUUCCGUGCCUAAAAGGUUUAUCCAUAUGGUUGCAUCCUUGGAACAAAAAAAUGAUCUAGACACGAUCUCACUAGAUGAGACCAUGGGUAGACUUAAGACUUUUGAAGAAAGAAUCAAGUCUAAAAAGGGAAGUCAUACCGAUAGCAAUGAUAAACUUCUAUUCACAAAUCACGACAACAAAUUUAGUCGUGAGAAACGGUUUGGUAACCAUGGACAAAAGAAGUUUGAACCAUCACGAAAUAAAUGGCGUGGUGGCAAGUCUAGACAAUCUAGAAGAAAGGAAAAAUCCUCUUGGAAAUCUAAUCAUAGCAAAGAAGAAAAUGCUAUGAAGGAUACAAGCAAUGUAAAAUGUUACAAAUGCAAGAAGCUUGGGCAUUAUUCAAAUUUCUGCCCUAAAAAUGAACCUGCACAAGAUCAGUCAAAUCUCGUGCAAGAAGAUAAUGAGCCAACCCUCUUGAUGGCAAUUACCGAUAAUAAUGAAAUCCAUCAAGAAGUUUUUCUAAAAAAAAGGAAACUGAAACUGAAAAGGUCAUAA